AUGAGAAAAUUACUUGAUAGGUAUAAUGCAUGUUUAGCAAGAAGACCUUUAUUUACUGGCAUGAUUUCAAGUGGAGUUAUUGGUGGGCUAGGAGACAUCCUCUGUUAAUUUAUCGAGAUAAAUUUUGACUUCAAACCAGACAGAGCCAAAGCACAAGAAAUAGAAUGUGAAUAGUAAGCGCCAAGUAAAAAGUAAAAUAUUGAUUAUCACAGAUCGAAGUCAUUUUUCUUAUUGAAUACCCUUUGGAUGAGUCCAAUAUAUUUUGUCCACUAUACCAAAGUCUUGCCUUAUUUGGUACCAGUUGUAACAUCUACAUCUGUCUUUAAGAAACUAGUAGUUGAUUAGUUGAUGCUCGCUCCACUUUACAUACUAUCAUUUUACCCUGUAAUGAAUUUCAUAGAAGGAAUAUCAUUUGAUUAAUCAAAAAAAGACAUUGAGCAAAAAUAUUGGAUAACUCUUAAAAGUAAUAUGCAGACUUGGGGACCUGCAAGCUUUAUCAAUUUUUACUUGAUGCCUGUUAAAUAUCAACUACUCUUUUCAAACUUCGUAGCCUUAUUUUUCAACGCCUACCUAUCAUUUAUGCAUAAUACAUAUGAGUUUGAAAUUGCUCAUAUUUGA